ACAUGUGUGCAAAUGCACGCGGGUGCAAAUCUCCGGAGUGCAAAUAUCGGAGGGUGCAAAUAUCCGUGACGAUAAAUUUCCAGGGUGUAAAUGUCCGUGGAUGCAAAUAUACGCGGUGCUUAUGUCCAUGUGUACAAAUGCUCGUGGGGGCAAAUGUCCCUAUAUGCUGACAUGGGUGAAAAUGUCCGCUGAUGCAAUCUAUCUACGGGUGCUAAAAUCUAUGAAUGGAAAUGUAUGGGUGCAAAAUCAUGUAGGUGCAUAUUCCUGGGUGGAGUUCACGGGUACAAAUGUGCGUGAGUGCAAAUGUGUUGUCAUCAAAUCAUAGAACUUUGGCCGAACAACUUUUGCAAAAUUGCCUCUAGAUAGCCGAUAUGAAGAAUUAUAUAUAAUAAAUCAAUCAUAAAAUUCAAAAGCUAAAUUACAAAAUUCUUCCCGGGAAAAAAUUUCAAAGUAGACUAUAAAAUGAACACAAACAUGUCGACUCGAUUCGGUGAUAGUCAAAAAAAGUUAUUUUUUGGUUUUAUAUUUCUCGGGCAUGUGUGAACCGGCAAGGGAUUAGAAUACUUAAGGUUCUCACCAUGGAAAAGCGAACCUUCAGCAAUGCAGAUUAUGGAGUUUUUGGUGUAAUGUUGGCAUUAUCUGCUGCUAUCGGAAUAUUUUAUGCGAUUAAAGAUAGAAGAUCUGAGGCUGGUACAGAAGGAUAUUCCUAGGAAGCAGAUCAAUGGGAAUCGGACCAGUAGCUGCGUCACUCACUGUUAGCUUUACUUCCGCUAUCACAGUACUUGGCACUCCAGCUGAAAUAUAUUGGCACGGAACUAUGUUUUGGUGGAUCGCCGCUGUCUUCAUCAUUGUUGCAGGUGUCGUAUCUGAAGUUUACAUUCCUCUGUUUUACUCGCUGGUAUCACGAGCACGUACGAGUAUCUAGAACUGAGAUUCAACAGAUCAGUCGAAUAUUGGGAACAGUUUCAUAUCUUAUCCAGAGUGUAUUGUACAUCGGAAUAGUGAUUUAUGGACCAGCACUUGCUUUGAACGAAGUGACAGGAUUUGAUCUAUGGAUGGCAGUAUUUACAACCGGUCUUGUAUGCACUUUUUACACAACUUUAGGAGGACUAAAAGCAGUUUUAUGGACCGAUGUAUUUCAAGGUGUAGUCAUGAGUGCUGGAUUUAUUGCUGUUAUUAUAAAAGGAAGUGAAUUGGAAGGUGGAUUCGGUAAUGUCUGGAGAAAAUGUGAAGAAGGAGGAAGAAUUGAUUUUCUACGGGCUCUCUGCAUCAACGUGCUGGGAUUAUUUUUUCGUCAGCCUCGCUUGCAUGACUGGUCUUAUAAUAUAUUCUCGAUAUUCAACCUGUGAUCCAAUAACACAAGGAUGUGUUGCCAAGAGAGAUCAGCUUUUUCCGUACUUAGUCUUGGAUAUUUUACAUGAUUACCCUGGCGUUCCAGGACUUUUUGUUGCCUGCGUAUUUUCUGGAAGUUUGAGUACUGUUUCGUCUGGAAUCAAUGCAAUGGCGACUGUUUCUAUUGAAGAUUUUGUUAAACCUUGCUCAAAUUUGAGUGAAAGGACUUACAUGUGGAUAACCAAAGGAUUGGUGAUUCUUUACGGUCUGUGUACUAUUGGUGUAGCAGUACUGGCAUCACAGCUUGGUGGAAUACUGCAGGCGGCAUACAGUAUCUUAGGUCUGGUUGGUGGUCCUAUGAUUGGAUUAUUUACCUCGGAGUUUACAUCCCAUUCUGCAAUUCAAUUGGUGCUUUUAUCGGGCUUGUUGGAGGACUAAUAAUUUCCACGUGGAUGUUUGUUGGCAGCCAGACGUAUAAAGCCGGGCCCGAGUUUACAAGAGAACUGCCACGUGAAAUGACAAACUGUCCUGCUUAUUGCCAACAUUCAAGGAAGCAACAGACAUUGCAAAUUUAACAGCAGAGACUAUUCCUCUAGAAGUAACCACGCUUAAAUAACUUCACCUUUUACCUCUAUCAACAACACCGCAGUGAUGGAGCCAGCAAUUGCAGAAUUUUACAAAAUUUCUUAUUUGUAUGUAACUUGUAUCGGAAUGGCAUCCACGAUGAUUUUUGGAAUGAUCUUUGGACUCUUAACAGGCGGCUGGCAACAAAGAUUAGGAGUCGACCAAAAUUUGAUGGUACCGUUUUUGAUCACAAUUUUUUACUGGAUACCUGAAAAAGUUAGAUACGUUUUACGAUUUUGUGUCAAAGAAAAAGUUCCACAGAAAUCUACCGAAGAAGACUCAAAUACGCUGAAAAGCUUUUAGGACAAGUUUGAAUUGCGUGUUGCCACGCUUUUCCAAGUGUGAAAAAAUAUAUUUAUAAAUAAAAAUAUAUUUAUA